AUGGAUUUCAUGAGAGAUGGCGCUGAAGAGAAUCUAGAGGAAGUCAACUACAUUGGAGGAAACUAUGGGAAUAGAGGAUUCAAUCCACCAUUUCGCGCGCAUCCAAACCUAUCAUACCGGAGCAACAAUGUGGAGAAUCCAAAUGACCAAGUCUACCCCAAUCAAGGAGCGUAUCAAGGAGGCCAAUACCAAUCCAAGCCACAACAAGUCUAUCCAAGAGGGAUGUACCAAGUGAAGCAACCAUUCACUUUUUCUCAAGAAACAAAUCCAACCCAAACCGGAGAGAAGGUUGACGUGGCCUUGAAGAAAUACAUGGAGGAGCAGAGAUUGAUCACCAAGAACCUAUAUGAGAAGCUUGAUCACAUGUUUGGUGAUCUAAGCAGCAAGUUUGGGUCUCUCUCUACUCACGUUCAAAAGCUUGAGGUGCAAAUCGCUCAAACAGCCGAGGCGGCCAAGAAACAAAAUGAGGUAAACACUCAAAAAUUUUGUAGUGUUGUCUCAUCUAUAGAUGGCACAAUUGUUCCUACACUAUCUCAAGGGGAAGAAGAAGAAAAUGAGCCUAAGGAGAGGCACAAACCGGAGAGAUACAGUUGGGAAUCAAGAAGAGCUUACAAGAGAAGACUUGAAGGCAAGCCACUACAAAAACAAGAAGAUCCGGGGAAGUUUGUGAUAACUUCAAGUAUCAAUGGCAUUCAACUCCACGAUUGCCUAUGUGAUACUGGUGCUAAUGUUAAUCUAAUGUCUCUUGCACUUGCAAAAGAUUUGGGAUUCAAGGAAUUCAAGAGCCCCAAGAUAAGAGUCGAGUUCGCGGACCUAUCGUGCAUGGAACCUUAUGGAAUGCUUGAAGAUGUCAUGAUGGAAAUAGGGGGUCGAUCGGUCCCAACUGACUUUCAAGUCAUGAUUUGGGAAGGCUCAAAGAGGAAUCAACUGAUUCUUGGAACCCCAUUCCUUGCUACAGCUGGAGCGGUCCUAAACUACUUUGGGAAUCAUCUAUCUUUUGGCCACAUCCGGCAAGAUAUCUUUUUCCCAAGUGUAAAUUUCAGAAUCUUUACACCAAAAGAUUCGGAGCUUAAAGGUGACCAAUCCAUUGAAGAGAAGCUUGAGAGAACUAUGAAGCUUUUCCCCAAGGCAUUGGUUUUCAAAGAUGAUGUGAGAGAUGACUAUGGCGCAAAACCACUACAAGAAGCCACUGAACCGGAGAAUGGAGAAGCUAAAGGGAUCCUUUGCCCUUCAGCCACUCUUCACCACGAUUGA